AUGCUGAAGACGGAGGCCUCAGCAGAGCGGACCACGCUGAGGAGUGCCUCUCCACACCGGAACGCCUACAGAGCAGAGUUCCAAGCCCUCAAGAAGGCCUUUGACCAGCCCAGACAAGAUGGUGACCCCAAGCUCCAGGACCCAGAACGGGUCAGGCAGCCUCGGGGCCGACAGUACGGUGCCCACGUCAGCCGGAUCAAAGAUAUGUUCAUGCAGAUGGGGAGUGAGAAUGCAGGCUCCAACAAAACCCGAACGAGAGAUGAGACUUCCCCGCAGAAGCUAACCAAGCCAACCAACUUCAUCAACAGAACGGAUGGUUCUGUGAUCAAGCUUCAGCAUGGUACUGGGGAACGGACCAGCAAGUUUUCUGAGACAAGGAAGCUUUUUGAGCAAAGCUCCAGGGACACGUCACAGUCACCUGUAUACUCUUAUGGUAAAGACAAGAGAGGUUCACAUGAGCAUUUGGAUGACUGGAGAGGGGCACGGUCCAAUAGGGGGAGCACAGACUCCCUGGACAGCCUUUGUUCCAGGACAGAAGCUUCUUCACCCACAGUGAGCCAGCUGAGUGCUGUAUUUGAGAAUAUAGACCAUCAACAGCAGGGCUUUGGAGCCCCUGUCAGGAGGGGCUAUGGAGGUGGCAGAACUCUUUAUUCACCAGAUGGCUUUCACAGACAUGGUGAGGCAAGUGAGGAUGAUGCAAGUGCUCGUCAGUCACCAUCACAGGGUGUCUAUAGAACACGUGUUGGAGGCAAGCACACCCUACCCGUUUCCUCAUCUUCAGAGGAUCUUCUCAGUCCAAGUCCUCUUUCAGAGGCUGCUGACCAGGGAAGGUCAGCUGACAAGAAUAAAGCCCAGGAGAAGACUGAGCUGGAUACCUGGACGACAGAGGAGGUCGAUGGGCCCAGUAAACAGAAGCAGGAAGGAACAGUGACUUCCACAGAGGCUACUGGAGUUUGCACAGCAUCUGUCGGAGUCAGCGACACUUUGGUUUCUAACAAAACAUCCGAGAGCGCACGUGAUCCUACCUCCACAAAGGUUCAGGAGGAUGCCGAGGAGCAUGACAAAAAAGAGUCCAACCGUAUCACUGAGGAUCAAACAGAGGAGCCUAACGAGGAGUACUGUGGAAAUGAGAGGGUUAUUUUCAACGCUGAUGGAGAUGCUUGUUACCAGGGCUGGGGAGAGAGUUGCACAGACCUGGAUGAUGAUUUGUAUGGAGAUGAGGAUGUGUACUAUGACCCAGGCUCGGAGAUCACUGAGAUUCCUGGUUUACCAGAGGAAGAGCAGGAGGAUGUUCCUCCUAAGCGGAAAAUACGAUUCAGCACUGCCCCAAUGACGGUUUUUAAAACCUACUCCAAUGAGGACUACGAUCGCAGGAAUGAGGAUGUGGAUCCUGUGGCAUCCUCGGCUGAAUAUGAGCUGGAGAAAAGGGUGGAAAAGCUGGAACUUUUCCCUGUUGAGCUUGAAAAAGAUGAGGACGGCCUGGGCAUUAGCAUCAUUGGAAUGGGAGUUGGUGCUGAUGCAGGUUUGGAGAAGCUUGGCAUCUUUGUCAAGACUGUCAUCGAGAGCGGAGCCGCGGAGAGGGAUGGCAGAAUCAAAGUGAACGACCAGAUCGUGGAGGUGGAUGGUACCAGCCUGGUGGGUGUCACUCAGAGCUUCGCGGCCUCUGUUUUGAGGAACACGCACGGUGUGGUCAGGUUCAUGAUCGGCCGGGAACGUCCAGGGCAGCAGAGCGAGGUGGCCCAACUUAUCAGUCAGACUCUGGAACAGGAGAGGCGCCAGAGAGAGAUGCUGGAGCAGCAGUACGCCCAGUACGACGCCGAUGACGACGAGACGGGAGAGUACGCCACCGAUGAGGAAGAGGAGGAGAGUGGGACAGCCAAAACGGGUGGAGACGUGACCAUUGAGGUUUUUGAUUUGCCCGAAAACGAAGACAUUGUUUCCCCAUCUGAGUUGGAUGCCACAAAACUCUAUCAGAAAUUUCGAGAGCUCCAGAUCAAGCAUACUGUCACUGAGGCCGAGAUACAGAAACUCAAAAACAAGUUGGCGGCCGUGGAGAAGGAGAAGCAGCGCUGGGAGAGGGAGAAGACACAGCUGAAGCAGAGCAUUGAGGAGAACAAGGAGAGGAUGCUGAAACUGGAGAGUUACUGGAUCGAGGCCCAAACCCUGUGUCACACUGUCAAUGAGCAUCUGAAAGAGGCCCAGAGUCAGUACCAGGCCCUGGAGAAGAAGUACAACAAAGCCAAGAAACUUAUCAAGGACUUCCAGCAAAAAGAGGUGGAGUUUGUUCAGAGGGAGGAUGCUGAAAAAAAGAGACUGGAGGAAGUAGAGAAGGCUCAUUUGGCAGAGAUCCAGGGCCUGCAGAUCAGGAUUGCAACUCUGGAGACAGAACUGAUGCAGCUGAUGAAACAAAAUGGCAUCCAGGUAAACAACAACAACAACAGCGCAGAGAGCCGGGCCCAGCUGAAUGAGCGUCUGGCUGCGCUGCAGUAUCCUGGAAGAACAGUCCCUGGAGGAGGGCUCGGUGGGGCUGGUUUGCAGACGGAACCUGCGGACAGUGAGGUUAUGCAGGGCCUCAGACAAAAAACCUCCAGAGCAAUGCAGCAAGACAGCGCCAGCUCUGCUGAGGGGGAGGACAGCCUGGAGAGGAGGGCAUCAGGCAUCAGUCAUUCAUCCCUUGCCCAUGCCUUGUCUGGAGAGUUUGCUGCUGGCGGGGCUGAGUCUGGAGCCCUCGUGUCUGUCAGUAAUGCAGAGGCAUCACACAGACAUCAGCAGGGGCUCCAGAAAGAUCUAGACACUGACGGAUCUCCAGUAGUGUCAAACAUCUCCCUGAAUCAAGAGGAGAAGUCCAUGAAAAGACUACUAGACCUGGGGUCUUCUCUUCGGAGAAGCAAGGGGAAAGAUAAGGACUCCAGGGCUUCUGCGGGAAACAGCUCCACAGAACCGUCUGCAGAGAACAGCCCUGAGAAACUCAAGAGCAAGAAAUCUCUCUCAUGGCCGCACUUCUUCUCCUAUUCAUAUUACUUGGGUCCUAAUGUAAGCGAUGACCUCAGCAUUAGCAGCACCAGCUCUGCAGAGAUCAGUGGCCUACUGACCGAGCCCAAAAUCUCCGGUCGCUCACACACCUUGGUGCUGUCGUCUGAUGAGAGCUUGGAAAUGAUUGAUGAUGAGAUCCUGGAUGAGGUUCAGUGUCCUAAACAACACCACUGGCAGAACCGCAGUGUGACAGAGUGGACGUGUCAGCAGGUGUGUCACUGGCUCCUGGGCCUUAACCUGGAGCAGUAUAUCCCACAGUUCACUGCCAAGAACAUUGACGGAGAGCAGCUACUGCAGCUGGACAGCAGUGCGCUUAAGGACUUGGGUGUAGACUCCACUCAGGACCGCGCUCUCAUCAAAAAGAAACUGAAGGACCUGAAAGUACUGAUGGAGAAGGCCCGCAAGAACAGAGAGAAGCUUGAGAAACAGCGCGAGAAGCUGCGUAAGAAAGAGCUGGAACAAGUGCAGAAACAGGCUCACAAAUCCAACAAGACCCCUGAGCCAGCAGAGGGCGCUGCUGAGUGA